AUGUCAGAUUCUUCAUCGUCAAGUAAGUUGUUAACGCAUUAUUUUGGAUUUUUGUCCUUAGGCGAUCGAAAACGUCCCAUAGAGACGAAAAAAGCCCGAACUUUCGACCUGGAACAGAUAAUGGCACAGACCUUGGCACAAGCUCCGCAGUACAAACACGAUGAGGAGUCUACACACAUCAUUCCGGACGCGUCGACGAGUUCGGAGCAGGCUCGAGAAGGAAUUGAAAAAAUCUCGAUUCCAGAGGUGAGCGUGGGUGGUAUAAUCGAUAUAGACGCGUUUAUUUUGAUGGAUUUUGCUAUGAGUUUAUCUUGUUAGCAAUUUGAGUUAAUUUGAGGCAUGAUACCACAAGAAAUUUUGAUUUUUUUCGUUGGCUUGCUAUGUGUAAUAUAAUUUUUUCAGAAACCUACUCAAACUGCGGCAACAGAGGAAGACAGCGAUGACGAUGUUGGACCAGCUCUUCCUCCCGGUUUUGAAGUGGAUAAGACAGUCGUGGUUGACGAUCCGGCUGCGGAACGGCAGCGGGUUGAAGACGAGGAGUCAGAUGGAGAAUACGAUGAACCUGUAAGUAUUUGCCUAUUUUUUUCUUGGUUUUUAGGUGUCCAAUAGCUGGAAUAUGCUAUUACGCUGCUUCGGAGAUCAUUAAAAGGUUGAUUCUUGAUGAGCGCAACAAAAAUUAUAUUACACUAGGCAACAGCUAUUUAAAUUCGUCGAUUUUGGCCUUCUACGGGUUCGUAGCGCCGUCAAUUGAUGGGCCAAGCCACGUAGAACCAUUUCACACCUGUUUGAGGACUUUCCACGAUCUACUUACUCUUUUUCAGCUCACCGUAGCAACCUUGAUCCCAGCAGAAUCGGAAGUCACAAUCCGCACAGGCUCGGACAAAGCCGUUACCGCACUGGCCAUAGACGUUCAGGGCUGCAAAUUUGCGGUCGGUACUCAAGGAUACGCCGUGAAUUUGCACGACUAUCAAAAGAUGGACAAGUUAUUCAAACCCUAUCGAGAGCUGUUGCCCGCCGAAUGUCACGUCAUAAACAGCCUGUCGUACAACAUGAACGGCGAAAGGCUGCUGAUCACGACGGGUGAGGCUAUUUUGAAGAUUUUGGAUCGAAAUGGACAGCAGUGGGCCGAGACUGUGCGCGGCGACCAAUACCUGGUGGAUGUGAACAAAACAAAAGGCCACACGGCCGCCGUGAAUGCUGGAUGCUGGCAUCCAUACAACAAAAAUGAGUUUAUGACCUGCUCCGAUGAUGGGUAAGUGAUUUUGAGAUUUUUGAAAAAAAAAAUUUUUUGCCAAAAAAAUUUUUUUUUUUCAUUUUUUUUCCGAUUUUUAGAACUAUCCGAUUAUGGAACACUGAGGAUUUUAAAGAAGUCACCAAAGUCAUCAACACCCAAAAGAAGGUGAUCCGCUGCCGGAACGCCGGCGGCAAACGGAUCAUCCCGAAUUGUUGCGCCUACUCGCGCGAUGGCAAAUUGAUCGCCGCCGGCUGCGACGAUGGCUCAAUUCACAUGUGGAAACAUGGAGGACUGUAUGUCAGCACUCAAUAUCAAAAUCGAAAAGCACACACGGCCACAGUGACAUGCAUACAGUUCUCGUUGGACAAUAAGAAAUUGAUCAGCAGAAGCAGUAAGUGCACCGUGCGGGGAUUUGGGGAAGGAGUUUUGGGAAUGUGUGCGGACAGAAGAUUUUGAAGGAUUGCACAGUGCAACGGGAAAGAAAUUUUGGUUGGCACAGUGCAAAGAAGAAAGGAAGGAGUGAACUGCACAGUGCGAAGGAAAGAAGCCUUUGAGUUUUGCACAGUGCAAUAGCGACGAAUUUUGCACAGUGCAAUAGCGACGAAUUUUGCACGGUGCAAUAGCGAUGAAUUUUGCACAGUGCAAUAGCGAUGAAUUUUGCACAGUGCAAUUGCGAUGAAUUUUGCACAGUGCAAUAGCGAUGAAUUUUGCACAGUGCAAUUGCGAUGAAUUUUGCACUGUGCAAUAGCGAUGAAUUUUGCACUGUGCAUUGAAAAUUUGUUUCGGAUUCGCACUGUGCGAAAAGAUUUGUUUUGAAUUUUCGCUGCGCCUUGAAAUGUGGGAUUGCACGGUGCGUGAAAAAAAUUUUCGAAUUUGCACUGUGCAUGAAAUUUUUUUUCGAAUUUGCACUGUGCGUUGAAAAUUUGUUUUGAAUUUGCACUGUGCAUGAAAUUUUUUUCGAAUUUGCACAGUGCAUGAAAAUUUUUUUUGAAUUUGCACUGUGCAUGAAAUUUUUUUCGGUUUUGCACUGUGCGAAAAGAUUUGUUUUGAAUUUGCACUGUGCACGAAAAUUUCUUUUGAAUUAUUUUGCGAAAAUAUUUUGUUUUGAUGUGCACUGUGCGGAAAAUAAAAAUAAUCGUUUCGUUUCAGUGGACGGAACAUUGAAAAUCUGGGAGUUGGCCAAGUUCAAGGAGCCAAUUAAAUCUGUGGAAGGGCUGGAUGCUGUAUUUAAUCGGUGAGUUUUGGGUUUUUUUUAUUUUUGGGGGAUUUAAAAAAAUUUAGGGGGGAUUUUUUAAUUUUUUUAAAUUAACUUUUUUCCCGAAAUUUGCAUAAUUCCCGGACUAAAAUUUUUAGAAAUUUUCAUUUUUUUAAAAGUUUUAAAAUUUAAUUUUUUAAAUUUUUUUAAAUUAACUUUUUUUUUCCCGAAAUCUGCAUAAUUUCUGGAUUAAAAUUUAUAAAAAUUUUCAUUUUUUUGAAAAAAUUUUUAAGAUUUCAUUUUUUUUUUAUUUUUUAAAUUAACUUUUUUCCCCAGAUUUGCAUAAUUUCCGGACUAAAAUUACAAAAAAUCAAUUUUCAGAACCGACUGCGGCUACAGCCCGGACACGAACUUUAUCUUCACGGGCACCCAAACCCUCCAAAAAGGCGGCUAUUCCGGCUCUCUGCUCUUCUUCUCCACCGAGGACCUGGACCUGAAAUACAAAAUCGAAUAUCCAAAUGCAGGAUGCAUCAAGAUUCUGUGGCAUCCGAAGAUUGAACAGAUCCUGGUCGGCCUGAGCGACGGAAAUGUGAAGAAUUACUACGACACAAAGUUCAGCCAAAGAGGCGCCAGAUUGUGCGUCGACAAACAGGUCCGCCGCCCGAGGGCUACGGAGGUCGUCAAAGAGGAAAUGAUCCUGGCUCGUAAGUUUUUUAAGGGUUUGGCCUCGAUUUUUGGCCAAAAAUUGAGUUUUUUGGCGAUUUUGGAAGAUUUUUUUGGAAAAUGAGAAUUUUUGAUAAAAAAUUUUUGGAAAAACAGGGAGUUUUGGGUCCAAAAAGGAACCUAAUGAAAUUCUAAGGGAUUAAAAAAAUUUUUUUUUGGUAUCUUGGAUGGGAUUUGGACAAGUUUAGAGGGAAAAAAUUAUAUUAUCCAUGAUAAUUUUUGAUGAUUUUUGGGAUGUUAAAGUUGUUUUAGUUGGCGAUAAUAAUCUUUUAAGGUUGUUUACAAACGUAUUUUACAAUUUAAAACCAUUUUUGGCUGAUUUCCGACUGAAAAUUAUAGUAUCCAUGAUAAUUUUUGAUGAUUUUUUGCACUUUUGAGCCGUUUUAGUUGACAAUAUUGAUCAAGUCAUGGAUUCUUGGAACGUAUUUUACAAUUCAAAAUCAUUUUUAGCUCAUUUCCGGCAUAAAAUUAUAUUAUCCAUGACAAUUUUUGAUGAUUUUUGGGGUUUUUGAGCCGUUUUGGUUGAACAUAUUGAUUAAGUCAUACAUUGUUAGAACGUAUUUUACAAUUUAAAACUAUUUUUAGCUCAUUUCCGACUGAAAAUUAUAUUAUCCAUGAUAAUUUUUGAUGAUUUUUGGGAUACUGAAGUUGUUUUAGUUGGCAAUUUUGAUGCAGUCACGGAUUGUUAGGACGUUUUUUACAAUUUAAAACUAUUUUUAGCUGAUUUCCGGCAUAACAUUAUAUUAUCCAUGACAACUUUUGAUGAUUUUUUUUUGAUUUUUUCUAAAUAUUAGGCUUGAAACUAGCGAUUUUUUACGUUACCAGGGAUUUUAUUCGAGUUUGAGCAAGUUUUAAUCGUAUAUUUUACGAUAAUUUUUUCAGCAUUAUCUCUCGAGAUGUUCCAAGCCAAGGGAGAGGACGCCGAAGAGAAGGAAGUCACCGAAUUCCGCCUCAAAAAGUACCUCCGCAUGUACAACAACUCGCAGCGGCCCAGCUUCCGAACGCCCGCCGACAUCCCGAAGGACGGGCCGGGCCAGGGCGGCCGGGUUGCGGCCGCCGGCUCCACGCUACAUUCGUAUAUUGCGCAACAGUUGGGAGUGAACCGAAAUAAGGAGUUCAUUGGCGAUGACGACAUCCGUCAGAGCAUUUUACGGCAUGCCGAAGAGGUACGUGGUGUGAUUGGAGGGAUUUCGGGUGAUUUGGCGGGGUUUUGCAAACUUUCCCUGAUUUUCAGGGAGUUCGUGGUGGGACCCGAAAAUAAUGUCUGAAAUGUAAAUUUGGGAGAUGAUAAGGUUCUAAAAUGUCGGUUGAAGAGGAAUUCAAAGGAUUUUUAGUGAACUUGUGGUGAUUUUUGGUCGAUUUUUGAAACUUUUCCUGAUUUUCAGGGAGUUCGUGGUGGGACCCAAAAGUCAUGUCCGAAAUGUAAAUUUGGGCGAUGAUAAGGUUCUAAAAUGUCGGUUGAGGAAGAAUUCAGUGGAUUUUCAGGGAACUUGCGGUGAUUUUGGCCACUUUUUGGGACUUUCCCUGAUUUUCAGGGAGUUCGUGGUGGGACUCAAAAGUCAUGUCUGAAAUGUGAAUUUGGGAGCUGAUAAGGUUCUAAAAUGUUGGUUGAGGAAGAAUUCAGUGGAUUUUCAGUGAACUCGUGGUGAUUUUGGUCGAUUUUUGAGACUUUCCCUGAUUUUCAGGGCUUUCGUGGUGGGACCAAAAAUUUCUGGAUUUUAUGGGUUAAAAUGGUUUACAACGAGUUUCUAGGCAAGCUUGAAGAGGUUAUCGCUGUUAUUCGGAUGAAUUCCGGCUAUUUUAGCCACUUUUUCGGCCUUUUCCUGAUUUUCAGGGCUUUCGUGGUUGGACCCAAAAUUCAUGUCUCAAAUGUAAAUUUUGAGUUUAUUAGGCUCUCCAAGGUCUGCCGAAGAAGAAUUUAAUUGAUUUUCAUUAAAAUUCCGGCGAUUUUGUUCAUUUUUUGCGAUUUUCCCUGAUUCUCAGGGAGUUCGUGGUGGGACUCAAAAAAAAUUUUGUGGGCUUCAAAUCAAAAAAAAGGGUUUUAUUCUUGUAUUUCAGGCCGAAAAGAACCCCCUCUACAUCAACAAAGCCUACGCCAAGACCCAGCCCAAGCCCGUUUUCCAAGCCGACAACUCGGAUGAUGAUGAUGAUAAAGAUGGCCAGCCAGUGUUCAAAGCCCAAAAACUCGGAUAA